AAACGGCAUAAUAUAUCAUAAGGUAGAUUCCUUUCCUUCGUGCCUUUUCUCCUGCUCCUCUAACUCUCGCUCUCGUGAAGAAGCAGUUGGAAAUCAUUUCCAUUUUCUCCUUGCAAAUUCCCCCUUCGCCAGCAAGCUCUUUGUUUGAAGGUCAUUGUUUUCCUAUCCUUUAUUCGUAGUUUGAAGACGCUUUAUACUACAUAGCGCAAUAUUUGCAACAACGACGACUUCUCAGCUCACGACUGUGAUCUCCGCCAUCAUGGCCGAGCAAGAGACCAGUCAUACCUCUCAUCAGGCACGAAAUAAUGCCCCAAACCGGUCUCAGAAUGAGGGCCAGGGCUCAGCAUCACGUUCUCGGGGAGGCUCAGGUGGAGGACGCCGUAGGGGAAGGGGAGGACGGAAUCGUGGCCAGCGACAGGAUGAUUCAGCACAAGUUUCUGAAGGCCGCGGAAACGCCCCUCAGACAGGGCCUGCCGACGCCACUAUUGCUGCACAAACCAUAGCCGCCCCCGAAACCUCAGGGGCUUCUAGAGGCAGAAGAAACCGACGAGGUAAUCGAGGUGGUUCUCGAGGGCAAGGAAACCAAGGAAGAGGCGUGUUCUCCAUGGGACCGCAGCGCACUUUUGGUGGACGCUUGACUACAACUGAACAACCGACAGAGACUGCUCAAGAUGCAUCUUUGAGUGCAGACGCCCCAGAAUUCGUGCCGGGACAGCCUGUAUCCCAGAGGAGGUAGGACCGGUAGCCCCAAUGUAAUGCAUCAGAUACUGACAGAUAUAGUGCCCAACAGCAAUCAUCAAGCGCCUCUCAGCCCACAGCCCAAGGACGCUCAAGAAACCGUACGAGGAACCGGAAGCAGGACAGACCCCGCCAAGAGUUUCCCAAGUCGACUGCCUCGGAGUUAUGGCAACGGAUUCAGGAAGACAUCGCCAACUGGAACUAUGAGUGCCGUAUCUGCACCGAAGAGGUUACUCGAAAAACCGAGGUCUGGUCGUGCACUACUUGCUGGACCGUCGUUCAUCUUGAAUGUGCCCACCAAUGGUGGGAUACGUCCAUGAAAGUCAACGAGGAGAGCGGCGACCGAUCAUGGCGUUGCCCUGGGUGUAACUCAACGUUGACCGACGAACCAGGCGAUAGUUCGUGUUGGUGCGGCAAAGAAACGCAGCCCAGUCGGAACAGUAUCUUGCCUCCUCAUUCAUGUGGGCAAACAUGUUCCAAGCCCAGAUCGACAUGCUCUCACCCAUGCACUCUUCAAUGUCAUCCUGGGCCAUGCCCGCCAUGCACCGUAUUGAGCCCACCGGAGCCCUGUUACUGUGGAAAGCACUCUCAGCGAAAGAACUGUAGGGAUACCGAUUACUACAACGGGUGGAGUUGUCGAGAGCGUUGCGGCGAUUUUCUACCUUGUGGUCAGCAUGAAUGUUCUCAAAUAUGCCAUCCAGGUGUCUGCGGUACCUGCGAGGUGCCGGUCGAAGUUAAGUGCUAUUGUGGACGAGUGCAAAAGGAGAUGCAAUGUUCCAAACAGGACGACAUAUGCGAUUCGUUCGAUCUCGCCAACAAUUCCUGGUUUGAGGGCUCUUUUAGCUGCGAGAGUGCUUGCGGAAGAACCUUCGAUUGUGGUGUACAUCGUUGCCAGAUUUCUUGUCACCCGCAAGAAGAGAUCUCAGCUCAUUGCCCUUUCUCUCCGGACGUUGUCACCCAUUGCCCUUGUGGCAAGACACCGCUCAAGGAACUCAUGGAACAGCCCCGUCAAACUUGUGAAGAUCAUGUCCCUCACUGCGAGAGGAUUUGUGAGAAGAAGCUGGAAUGCGGUCAUCUCUGCCAAUCCUUGUGCCACACUGGAGAAUGCGACCCUUGCACCCAAACGAUGGAGAUAGACUGCCGCUGUGGCCGAGUCACGGGCGAGACGAUCUGCCAUGAGGGAAAUGUCCAGCAACCCCUAUGUUUCAAGAUAUGCCAGGCUACUCGCAACUGCGGAAGACAUCGAUGCGGAGAGCAUUGUUGCCCGGGUGAAAAGAAGGCAUCUCAGCGUAUUGCUCAGCAGAAGAAGCAACGCCUGGGCCCUGAUUCGCUACCAGUUGAGGCCGAGCAUAUCUGUGUCGCCGUCUGCGGAAGACCACUUAAGUGUGGUAGUCACUUUUGCGAGCAGCUCUGUCACCGCGGAGCUUGCCAAAGCUGUCCCGAGGCUAUCUGGGAAGAAGUUUCGUGCAAUUGCGGCCAGACAGUCUUACAUCCACCACAACCAUGCGGAACGAGACAGCCAUCGUGCACUAACCAGUGCCAGCGGCAGACUGCAUGUGGACAUCCUUCUGUUGACCAUCAGUGCCAUCCUGAUGAUGUCUCGUGCCCGCCAUGCACAUACCUCGUCCAGAAGCGGUGCAUCUGUGGAAAGACGACCUUUCACAACAAGCCUUGUCAUUUGCAAGAGGCUCAUUGCGGAGAGCAAUGCGGGCAGAAACUCUCUUGCGGGCUCCAUACAUGUAAAAAGCUAUGUCAUCGCCCCGGAGAAUGCGGAGACGCUCAGAACGGUUGCGAGCAAAUAUGCGGAAAGCCCAAGCUGCUAUGUAACCACCCAUGCCAGAGCGUCUGCCAUGGACAAACUCCGUGUAAAGAAUCAACAGCUUGUCAGGUCAAGAUGUCCACCAGCUGUGCAUGCGGUAAUCACAAGCAGAGUUUCAAAUGCCUAGCAAGUACGAGCAAUCCUACUCCGAGCCGACCAGAGAUUCGAUGUGAUGAGGAGUGCGAACGCCUUGACCGUAACCGUCGCCUGGCCGCAGCUCUCAAUAUCGACCCUGCUUCUCACACCAACGACCAUAUUCCCUUCUCGGAUAAUACUCUGAAGCUCUAUAAACAGAUGCAAUCAUGGGGAGAUGCUCAGGAGAGCCAAUUCCGAGUCUUUGCUGCUAACAAAGACGAAGUUCGUUUACGAUAUGAGCCGAUGAAGAACCAGUCACGCCAAUUUCUUCACUUGCUCGCUGAAGACUUCGGUUUCGAGAGUAAGAGUGAGGACUACGACAUUCACCGGUCUAUUCUAGUGUGGAAAUCAGAUAAGUUUGUUUCAGCCCCGACGAAGACACUUGCGCAGUGUGUCAAGAUCCGAGCAUCUCAAGCUGCCGAAGCUGCGGCAGCGGCAGCCAUUCGACCUCCAAGCCCCCCAAUUCUCGAGACUGAGCCUUUCAAUGCUCUGGUACUUACCGAGCCUCGCUUCGGUCUGACCAUCGAGGAAGUCAAUACUGCCCUUGAACCGGAUCUCACGUCCCUGCAAGGCUUCAGUUUCAAGGUUGAUUUUCUGAACGAGGAAGUUCUCAUCAAAGCUACAGUCUCAUAUUCCGCGUUUCUCACACCCGCACCCAUGGAAAAGAGCCUAGAGAUUCUCAAACCUCGGAUCGAGCAGACCAUCCGCCGCGAAAAGCUCGCUGAAAGCGUCUUGCUCUGUCACUCAGAUGCUAACGGUGCAAUUUCUCGGCGAGAGGUACCCCUCCGCGCCAGUACUGGAGGAUGGAGUGCCGUAGCUGGACGCGCGGCUUCUAAGCCAAUGUCCUCGUCUUCUACUCCUGCACCCGAAGAGGCAAAGCCCGGACGCAAACUGCUUCUAGGACUCAAGAAGAAGAGGCCGCAGCAGCCGGAGGCGGGAAAGGUGUGGGCCGCUCUUGAUGGGGACGUUGAAUGCUAGAAGCAUCAGUGAGGGUGCGUGUAAGGGCAGACAGGAAGGGCGUCCGGGUUCACUUGUCGAAGUUAAUCGCGGAGCACAAACAAUUCUAUGACCUUUCCAGUCCAUGGCUGAGAACAAACCUGGUGUCAGAGCCACCAAGUCACAAGCUUAUUUUCGAGCAAGACAGCCCUCACGUUGUCAGAAGACGCAAGACUCUAGAAUUAGAUAGUAAGAAUAAACUAGUUCAAGUGUCUACUGAGAUUAUCUUAAACUAUCCUACACUAUCCUAAACUAUCCUAAAUAUCUAUCACUCAGGAUUAAAGUCUUAAGCUUUCUGCUAU